UAUGUUUUUAUGUCGUGUUCGUCAACACGUUUAUAUCUUCUAGCUAUACAUAUUCUCAUAAUAAUCUUGACGUGCCUCUAACGCUGUACUCCCGAGCUAAAGUCUGUCCCCGUUAUAAUAUCUGUCUGACGGCUCACCGUGGACAAGAAUGGACGCUACGUUUUCCUGAAACUCAACAACUCUGCUUUACAACAAAUAACCAAACAUGUCUGUGUAAACUGCUGUGGAGUUUGUAUAAGACAGCUGCGUCACACAGGCGUCCAGGUUUGCUGUGGACGAGCAUGCGGCGAAAUGACCACGUUGCUCGUUUCGUUGCUUGAUGAUGGCACAACCGUCAAAAAGGAAUAAAGCCGCCUCGUGGGGGCUUCUCAACAACUACCGCUAUUUGUACAAAAAAAACCUCAUGCUUCACACCACGGAGAACGGAAGAGCCAGGAAGAAGUGCCAGCAGAAGAUCAUCAUGGCCAACAUGAAGAGGAAAAUGACAGACAACCACAAUGACCUGCUGGAUACAAAUGAACGGGUCAAAAAAACAAAAUCGAGUGACACAGACCGGGAGUGUCAAAGAACUGUUAGCUCUGAAAACAAGAGCAGCGACACACCUGAACCUGGACUCUCUGUGUCUGAGCCUAAAGCUUCUGACCACUACAGUUUAGUCACAGCCCUCAGAGACAGCUGGGAGGUGGACAGCGGUUUCUCCUCCGAGGCGAGUCCUCCGGCCAGCGGUCGGAGUUCACCGUGCCUCAGCUCGUGUGCCACCACGGUGGUGGCGUUGGACUGCGAGAUGGUGGGGACGGGGCCCGGGGGGCGCCGCAGUGAGCUGGCCCGCUGCAGCAUCCUGGACUAUCGAGGCAACAUACUGUAUGAUAAAUAUGUCCGACCGUGUCAGCCCGUCACGGACUACAGGACUCGCUGGAGUGGUAUCAGGAGGCAUCACCUGCACGACGCCACGCCCUUCGCUCAGGCCAGGGAGGAGAUCCUUAGUAUACUUGAGGGCAAAGUGGUUGUCGGCCACUCCGUCUACAAUGACUUUGAGGUGUUGGAUGUGCUCCAUCCCAGUCACAUGGUCAGGGACACCUGUACGACACGUCUCCUCAGCCGGUUGGCUGGUUUCCCCCGCGAACGCUGCGCCUCCCUCAAGAUCUUGGCCAGUAAGCUGCUGAGCAGGAGGAUACAGGUGGAGCAGAGAGGUCACUGUUCGGUGGAGGAUGCUCGCGCUGCCCUCGACCUCUACAAGCUGGUAGAGGGCGAGUGGGAGCAGGAGCUGCGGAACAAGCUGAGGGACGACGACGCUCCACACGAGCCGAGCUUCGCCGCCUCAAAUCACUACAUGCAAGACGAGUACUGGCCAGAUGAUGUCAUCGCUGACAGCCAAUGAGAGUAUUUCUGCUACACUUGACACAUACCUCAACAGAUCCAUGUCACAUGGUGUCAUGAGAGCAGGUUCAGAUAACUAUAGCUAAUGUGAGCAUAUAACAGAUGGUGAAGUCACUUCUAUGAGGAGACCUACUGUGUCGCUUUUGGGACAUAACUGUAUUGCUUAAAUAAACACUCGUAACUUAUUAAACAUGUUAAACAUGGUUUAGUUACUAACAGCAUAUUCUUUGCUGUGUUAGAUUUGAUGUUUGUAGUGUGACAUUGGUGCUCUUAAAGUUUGGAGUUAUUAACUUAUGAAUGCGGAGUUUUGGAGUUCUGUAUCUGCUCUUACUCGAAAAUUAAAUUGAAUUAUUAAUGACGCGAGACUGUUAGGCCACAGAUACAGCCACACGACUGACUGUUUGAAAAUGUCUGUUCAUAUGAGAUCAUGGAAACGCACAGGUGGCUGCUAUGAACGCACAUAAUGUUCAAAAACUAAAGUUAUGAAGCAAGUUUGAACUGUUGCAGUUACCUCCAUGUAUUCAUGUUGGGUUGAAUUGUAAUGUUACUUCAUUACUAAUUAUAAUGUUACUUCAUUACCUCAUUAUCAGCUGCUCUUAAUGUUCUAAUAAAAUGGAAUCAUGUUCAAGUGAAA